AUGGGUUCUAAUGUGAAAAUCUCAGAGCUUAGGAAGUUUAUUCGGACUUAUAGAAUUGAAAUGGUACUAUUACAAGAGACUAAGAAGGAGGAUUUUAUGGAUACUGAAAUUAGUAGUUUUUGGUGUGAUGAUGACUUUGAAUUUAGAUUCUCGAAAGCAAUGGGAAAAUCUGGGGGUAUUCUGUCUGUUUGGGAUAAAAGUCGAUUUAAGAUCCUGGAUAGCUUAAUUACAGAUAGAUUUAUUUUGAUAGAAGGGAAGUACGCUUCACAUGAUUUAAUAUAUUCUGUUAUGAACGUUUAUGCUCCUUGUGAAGUAUCUGAACAAGUCAUAGUAUGGAGUACAAUUAUGGAAGUUAGGAGGAAAAAUAAGAAUAGAUGGUUCAUGGCAGGUGAUUUCAAUACAAUAAGAAAUAACAGUGAGAGAAGCGGGUGUUCUUACAGACAAAUGGAGAUUGUAGAGUUCAAUUCGUUCAUAGAGGCUUGUAAUCUAUUUGACAUGCCUUUAUCUGGGAGAAAAUUUACGUGGUUUGGACCGGGAAAUAGAAAGAGUCGUUUAGACAUAAUUUUCAUUGAGGAUGACUGGUUUAAUGAAAAUAGUGAUGCAACUCUUUUUGGUUUAUCGAGAACGGAGAGUUAUAUUGAGAUUAUUAAGAAGGCAUUGCAGCAUGAAGAAGAAGGCGAUGUAGAUUUAAGCGUGAAAUUAAGAAGAGUGAAAGGAGCACUUCAGAAAUUGAAUUUACAGAUUUAUUGGAAUAUUGAUAUUGAAGCUAAAAGAAUGGAGAAGAGGAUUAAUGAGUUAGAUAUGAAAGGCGAUGCUGAUGGGCUAGAUGAUCGAGAAAGGGAGGAACUACUGAGUUGUAAAAGAAGGCUAUGGGACAUAUUGAAGGAAAAUGAGGAUAUAUGGAGCCAGAAAUCAAGAUCGAACUGGCUCAAAUUGGGAGGUGAAAACACUGCUUUUUUCCAUAGAGCAGUUAAGAUUCGUAGUAAAAAGCGUUUGAUAUUGGGAGCUAAUUUGGGAGAGGUCGAUGAAUUUGAGCCGGACAAACUUAGAGCUAAGGUUUUUAAUUUCUUUAGCAACCACUUCAGACGCAAGGAAAAGGAGUGA